ACCUUUGUCUGUUACAUUUGUAGGCUCAAAUAAGCAACAUUAUUACGGGUUAAACACACAUUUACAAUGUCUGUUCCCGACUUUAUCGACAUCGACGAUAACAUGUGAGUGUCCGGACGACUUCAACUCGGCUUGAAAGAACAUUUAGUCGCUCUCUCUUUUUGUUCCGUGUCGCUUAUGAACUCCACUUACCGUGAGCCCUCUGUUUAUUGUUUAAAGUCAUGAGGUAGCCUCGCACGGUAGCCUCCUACUUUCCGCAGCGUUGACUGAAGAAGCUGGGUCACUUUACAAAUGGGACCCACUUGACUUGACUUCAACAACUGGAGCCCGGGUCACUUUGGGAAUGGAGAAGUGUGGUCUGUAAUUACACAAACUGUGGUGUUAGCCUGCGCUCAGGAGUUCACCAUGAUGUCCAUGACCUUUGAGCUGUCUGACAGCGUGACACUGCUGUUUGACUUCUGGGAUGUGCAGGGACCUGGAGGUAUGGUGCUUUCUGUGGUCGUGGUCUUCUUGCUGACCGUCUUCUACGAGCUGCUCAAAGUGUGGAGAGUGUGCCUGGGGGUGAAGUCUAAGAUGGCCCAGCGUCAGGCCCUGUACGGCCACACUCCAUCAUCACGCUGCGACGACAACUCCAUACUGGAGAGCAGCCCCUCAGCAUCCUCGCUGACCCCUUUGGACUCUCAUCCUUCUGAUCCAAACAGAUACAGCUUGCUGAUGAUGCACAUUAUCCAGACGGUGCUGCACUUGAUGCAGGUGUCUCUGGGCUACAUGGUGAUGCUGUGCGUCAUGUCCUACAACUUCUGGAUCUUUCUCGGUGUCAUCUUGGGCUCUACUCUCGGUUAUUUCAUCUCUUUCCCUCUCCUGGAUCAGAUCUGAUGGCAUGGAGGGUUCACACAGGAUUCUGUAAAAAAGGAAACCUGUAGACUGACUGUUGUUCAGUUGGUCUUAGCGUGUGUUACAGAAUGAGCCACACAACACUAACUGUCCAAAACGCAAACAUCUGAAUGUGUUGAGACACCAGGUUCUACGGCCUUCCUACGGUUUAUGUAUCAGGAUUUGUUAACUCCGAAAUGCUUCAAUUGGACUUACAAAGUCCAUUGUGAAAGGGACAAAACUCUGCUUCAAACGCAAAGUCUAACUUGUGCACUCGAGCAACACACGUGUGAAAAUGGAUUGUAGUCUCCAGGGGACGCAGCUUCUUUCAAAUGUUUUUCAAAUAAAAUGAACAAAGCGGAGAACUGUGUUUGUAAUGUUCCACAGCAGAGGUUCAGAAAUGUUUAGUUUGGGAAAUCACUCAUGCAUAUAACCAUUGUUUCUUUGUUUUUUUAUUUCUGAUCCCCAAUGACAGAGCUUGUUAACCACUACACACUUCCCUGUAUUUAACUCAACAGCUCACAGUGUUGUGACUCUGCAGAUCAGUCAAAGAUUGAAAGUGCAGCUUCACCUGAACACUCGAUACGCUUCUGACACCUUCAAAGUGGAAAUGAGCGAGUUAGAUGUUGAGAUAUGUUUUUUCAGGGAGACAGAAGCAGACUUCCAUUUAGGGCUGAGAUUAAGAUUAACUGGUCACAAGACUUUAUUUAGAUUCAGGAACUGGAUCAUAUGAUUGUAGCUUGUAAGGACUUUUCUUAUGUGUCAUCUUGGUUCACUAACUGAUCAGUGUCGCUCUCACAAUAAUGUCAGGGGACAAUGAGAGCUGAUCAUGUGGUCCUUUAGAAAUCAUUGACAGAACUACAAAGACAAAUCACUUGAGUGCCUGGCCAACAUUUUAGAAGUAUUCAUUACAUAAAAGAUGCCUUUCUACGCUUUAGGGACAAAGUAUUUCUAUGUCUGAUUCUUAUUAUGAUACAUUUUCAAAUCUUUCUCAUCACUUUUUAAAAAACAAAUAUCAACAUAUCAUCUUGAACAAAAAUCGAGAACACAGUUGAUGAACAAGCUUUAUUCAUCUGUGUUUUUCUUUGAUGUAAUUCAGGAAGAAAAAGAGCCAGAUGAGGACAAUAUAGAAGCAGAAGCAUGGUGGGAGUCAGUGGUCCUCCACUUUAAUUAACAGCUCUAAUGUUUGAAUCUAAAGUUAAAGUGGGCUACUCGAAUGUGCCGUUGAGGGAGUGAUGAGGCGAUUUCACAACAGGGAAGUGACUCCUCAAAUGAGCAGGAAUUGAAAAUGUUUCAUCAGCGUUUAAAAUGACACUGCAGCUUUAGUCGGUCCACUAGAGAUGUACAGUAACGGAGUCUAACUAAUUUAUCCGCUAGAAUGAGUGACGCUGGGGACAAAAUAAUCUAAUUAAUUUCACAGGGUGCUCGUUUUUCUGGAAGUGAUCAGUUUGUACUCACAAAGAGGUUCACUGACAAGGCUACUUGAUUUGUACAAAUUUCAAUAAAAAUGGAGAUGUUAAAA